GUAUAAUGAGAAUGAAAGCCAGGCAAGAAGGAAUAAGACUGGAAUGACCGAAAGUGUCGUACUAGGUGGGUGUUCCAUGAAGAACUGGCAACACAUGACAGAAGCAUCAGUGUUAUUUGACACGUGGGGUGGUGUACAUCAAUCUGAUUUUGCUGGUAGUGACACAGGGAAUACAUAGUACAUCAGUGCAUCACGAUGCCUGGAGGAACAUCGGAAGUUAAGCCUCCGAAUGAGGAAGUUCAGCAGCUCCUGCUUUCCGUCAAGGAUCAGGUUGAGGAGAAACUGGGACGGUCUGUAUCGCAGUUUAAACUUCUCUCCUACAAGACCCAAGUUGUGGCAGGAAUGAACUACUUCGCUAAGUCUGAUCAGCACAUUAACUGUGUUCAGAUUGACAUUGGAGAAGAGGAUGUGGUUCAUGUACGUGUAUACAAGGACCUGAAGCAGAAGGUCUCCCUACACUCCCUGCAGCAUCCCAAAGCUCACCAUGAUGAUCUCACUUAUUUUUGACUUACUCUCUUGCUAUGUAAGUUUAUUUAGGCAUUAUAAUUGUACUUAUGUGUACCUGUACCUAAAUAAACUUACUACCCACAAGUUUGGGACCCAGUUCUCUUAAGCCUAGUAUAUUCCUUGUGCAAAAGGCUAUUAUUGUAAGAAUUACUUCUAACUUGAUUUUAUGGAUUAUUGCCAUUAUAAACUGUAUUUCUUCUGUAAAUUACUUUGGCUAACAUAAUGCUAGAACCCAAUUUCUUGAUUCAUUAUGUGCCUCUUUAAUAUUUUGAUUACCGCCCACAAGAUGGGUAUGAGGUAAAUAAUGUUAUCCAGCUAUACUAAUAUGAUCCAUUAAAGAGUUUCCAGAACCCAUGGGA